GACUUAAAGCAUUCUCCACUGAACCUCUCUGCCAUAGCCCAGCCCUCUUUUGGGGGGUUGGUCUGGGUUACAUUCUUCUGACAUUUUACUUGGAGAGAAGAAAAGUAAAGAAAGGGGCAUCGGCUGAACAAGUUGAACCACUCAGUGGAAGAGGCAUUGCAGAUAAGAAGAAACUGAAGGACUUCUCAUAGGCGUGAGGGAAAUUGCAUACGCCAUCCGGAGAAGGGGGCCAGGAAAUGGCUUCUUGUUUUCCAGACAGCUCCUGAUCUCCCUUCUAUGGCACUGUGAAAGCCAGAGGGCUGGCUGCACAGCCAGGGGAGACACCCAGUUCGAAACUGGUCUUUUGCCGGAGGAGAUUUUUACUGCUGAAAAUUGUAGCCAUGAGCCCUACAAGGAAUUCUUAUUGUCAGUGAUUUCCUCUGAGGAGGAAACAGAGCAAAUGACAUCUUAGUUGAAAACAGGACUUAGAUCAACACCAACGAAGAUUAAGAAUCUCAUUUUGGCCCAGCAACAGUGUUGGACAGGCCAUACCACAAACCUGAAGACAUGAAUUCCCCAGGGGGAUCAAUUUUCUGUUUUGUGUUCCUGAUUGUGACUUACUCUUCUCAAGCUGCACUGAACUUGAAUCUUGAAUCCAUUGUCCAUUCUUUGAUCCACCAAGGCCAUGGACUAGAAGGCGAGAACUAUAGGGAGGAGUCACUAAGACAGAAACGACAUGUGGCCACAAGCAGCCCUGCACCACAAGAAUAUGAUAUUGAAAUUGAGAUAAGUUUUGAAAAUGCAUCCUUCCUGGAGUCUUUCAAAUCUUACUUAAAACACCUCAGUUUUCCAAUUCCGGGGAUAAAUGCCAACCUGAGCACUGACAUUUUAAGCAUGAAAGUUACAACAGUAUGCAGGCCCAAUGGAAAUGAGACUUUUUGUUCCUGUGAAAGUGGAUAUAAGUGGCUCCCCGAAGUGUGCCUCAGUAACCUUACUUGUCAAAGCUAUCACAACUCAACCCCAGAAGACUGUAGCUGCCUCAAGGAAAUGCCUGCCAAGGGACCCUAUUGUCAGCAAGUCAUUCUAAAAGAUAUUACACUAAGGAUGUCAGUCGUACUCAAGAUGGACUUUCAGGAUGACCUCAAGAACUCCUCCUCUGCCCUGUAUAGGUCAUACAAAACAGAUUUGGAAAGAACGUUCCGGGAAGGUUACAGUAUUUUACCAGGCUUCAAAUCAGUGGUGAUUACAGGCUUCAGGCCUGGGAGUAUUGUUAUUGACUACAAUAUCAACACAUCAAAACCAACACCAACACAAAUGAAUGAAGCAAAUGAACGAGUCAAGACACUGAUCAAUUCAACGUAUAGAAUGGAAGCCCUCUCCUUUGAAGAAACUCAUAAUGAAACAAAAUUCUCCAUUGACCCAGAAAUCAUAUAUGAAGGGGAUAAAGUGAUGAUGAAGUGUGAAAAUGAAGUGCAAUCAACAAACGUAACUUGGCGCCAUCUUGAAAGGGCUACAGAAAUCCAGAACAGCAGUGGAUUCUCAAUUUACACUUAUCUGAACCACCAAGUUUCAAUAUCAAUUCUCACUAUUUAUAAUAUUUCUUUAAUUGAUGCUGGUGAAUAUGUCUGUACUCUAACAUAUGACAUUUUUGAAUAUGAGGGCCAGAAAAAAGUCAAAGUAAUUUCCACAGAAAUUGAAGCAUCAGAAGACCUGAAAGUAAUGUGUGAUAAUAAUCCUGUAUCUUUGAGUUGUUGCACAAUGAAAGAUUUUAAUUUGAGUAAUAUUGAAUGGAAUCACAAGGGACUGAUAAGCAUUCCAGGAAUCAGCUCCAUAGAUUCCAGGUGCAGUAAACAUACCAUCAAGGCUGAUGGUACCCAAUGUCUAAGUGGGUCAGCUGGAACAGAGGUAUUUUACAUUUGCAGUUUCCACAGUGGCAAUGGAGCCAGUAGCAACAGGAAGAUAAAAGUCACAUUUACAUCUGUGGCCAAUCUGACAGUAACACCAGACCGGAUUGCUAUUUCUGAAGGACAGAAUUUCUCCAUAAAAUGCAUCAGUGAUGUGAGUAGCUAUGACUCUGUGUUCUGGAACACUUCAGCUGGAACCAAAAUAAAUCCAAAGUUUUAUGUCACCAAGAGAUAUCCUGAUAGAGCUGAAUCAGUGCUUACUGUAAACACUGCAACAAAAGAAUGGAAUGGCGUUUAUCACUGCAUAUUUAGGUAUAAGAGCUCAUACAGCAUAGCCACAAAGAACGUUACAGUUUACCCAUUGCCGCUGAAACAUGACAUCCUGCUCGAUCCUUUGGAAGCUGAUAUUCCCUGUGGGGGAAUCUGUCACUUACGUUGUUGCAUAAAUGAGGAUACAGACUACAAAGUUACUUUCCAAAUUGAUGGCUUGUCUUUUCCUGCUGCAAAAGAAGUUCAAGGAAACCGAGUCUGCUACGAAUACAGUUUAAUGACAAACACAACUGCCUGGUGUUCCAAAACAGUUCAGGCAUCUUGUACCUUCAUCAAUUUAGUCAAUGAAUCAGUUCAGAGUGCACCUGUGACUCUUCACUUAGUCCCUGAGGAGAACAUCACAUGCCAAGAUCCCAUCAUAGGCAAUGGUGAGCCAGGGAAAAUGAUUCAGAAAUUGUGCCAGUUUUCAAAGAUUCCUAACAAGUCAAACCAUCGAGUGGGUGGAACCAUCACUUACAUAUGUGAAGGCUCUACAUGGAAAGUAAAGAGCAACAAUUGCAUUGCUGCACCAAUCAAUAAUUUGCUUGGCUUGGCAAAGGCUUUGCUUAUGAGCCCUGAGCAAGAAGAAAAAUUGUUAACAUAUGUUCAAGAUCUGUCCAGUAGUACUGGGAAGGUGCAAAAUGAGAUCAAAUCAUCACCUGGAAACUUGAAGGCCAUUAUUACCAUCCUGGAAUUGCUAUCAACAGUCCCAACCCAAGUGAAUACAGAUAUAAUGACACACGUGCUCUCUACAGUCAAUGUUAUUCUUGGCAAACCUAUAUUGAGUACCUGGCAAGUUCUGCAUCAGCAACAGGCCAAUGAGAGCUCCAGGUUAUUGGAUUCUGUGGAGAGAUUCUCCAGAGUGCUGCAUGAGGGGGUCAGCGCCAUUCCUUCCAUCACCCAUGCUAAUGUGCAAAUGAGGGGCGUCGUGACUACAGCCGCACACAUGACAGACUAUGACCAGCAUUUUCUCUUUCCCGAUUCCAAUCUCUGGGGCCAGGUAAUCAUCGACAGGCAUCAGAUAGAAAGCCUGGAGCCAAAUUCAUCCAUCGUCACAGUGGCUUACCCAACACUAAAAGCUAUCCUGCCCCAGAGCGUCCAGGACAAGAACUAUGUGAAUGGCUUGGUGAUGACCACCACCGUGAGCCAGGGGGUGACAAUGCCAUUCAAGAUUUCUAUGAAGUUUAAGAAAAAUGACCUGUCAUUGGUGGGCCCCCAGUGUGUUUUCUGGAACUAUCACCUCUCCAACCAUACAGGGGGAUGGGACAACAGCGGAUGCUAUGUUGAACAAAUGAAAGAUGACAGUGUCUUCUGCACCUGUAAUCAUUUAACCUCAUUUUCCAUCCUGAUGUCCCCUGAUUCUCCUGAUCCCAGCUCCCUUCUAAAAAUACUGCUGGAUAUCAUUUCUUAUAUCGGCCUAGGCUUUUCCAUCUUGAGUCUAGCAGCCUGUCUUGUUGUUGAAGCUUUUGUGUGGAAAUCAGUGACCAAAAACCGAACCUCUUACAUGCGCCAUGUUUGCAUUGUGAAUAUUGCAGCCUCCCUCAUGAUUGCUGACUGCUGGUUCAUCGUGUCUGCUGCCAUUCAUGAUCAGCGCUACCUAUUCAGUGAAACAGCAUGUGUGGCUGCCACCUUCUUUAUUCACUUUUUUUAUCUCAGUGUCUUCUUCUGGAUGUUGACCCUGGGUCUCAUGCUUUUCUACCGCUUGGUCUUCAUCCUCCACGACACAAGCAAGUCUAUCCAGAAGACGAUUGCCUUCUCCCUGGGCUAUGGCUGCCCACUGAUCAUCUCCAUCAUUACAGUGGGGGUCACCCAGCCGAAGGAUGUGUACAUGAGGAAAAACGCUUGCUGGCUCAACUGGGAUGACACGAAGGCUCUCCUGGCUUUUGUGAUUCCUGCACUGAUCAUUGUGGUGAUAAAUGUCACCAUAACGUUCGUGGUCAUCACCAAAAUCCUGAGGCCCUCCAUUGGGGACAAGCCAAGCAUUCAGGAGAAGAACAGUCUGUUUCAGAUCAGCAAGAGUAUCGGUGUCCUCACUCCCCUGCUAGGACUCACCUGGGGGUUUGGACUGGCCACUGUGUUCCAGGGAAGCAGUGCUGUGUUCCACAUUGUUUUUACCCUACUGAAUGCUUUCCAAGGAUUAUUCAUUUUGUUAUUUGGAUGCCUCUGGGACAAGAAGGUACAGGAAGCUCUGCUACAUAAAUUCUCCCUAUCCAGAUGGUCUUCACAGCACACAAAGUCAACAUCUCUGGCUUCAUCCACUCCUGUGUUUUCCAUGAGUUCUCCAAUAUCAAGAAGAUUUAAUAAUUUGUUUGGUAAAACAGGAACUUACAACGUGUCAACCCCAGAAACAACCAGCUCAUCUGUGGAAAACUCAUCCAGUGCUUAUUCUUUGCUUAACUGAAAACAGAAAACCAGAUUUGCAUAACUUCUGGGAACAGUGGACUUUGCCACUCAUUGACAAGCUCCAGAAAGGGAGACACCUGUAAAACAGUUCUAUGUAAAACAUCCUCUCCCUCAAGACCUUAUGGCACGGACUUUUGCACUAGCGAAGAGGUCACACUAAAUUGUGUAAAGACUUUGACUACAAGUGGUUUUAUUGUUUACUUUUGACUUUUUUCUUCUUUGAAAUAAUCCCCAAUUUGUACAGUAUUUAAAUGAUCACAUAUGUCGCCCAAAACCUAGCUUCUUCUCUGGCUUGAAUGUGAAUUAAGGUCUUUCAGAGACAUUGUCAUGGUUCCCAGUUUGGGUCUAAUGCUGUUUUGCUUUAAAUAAUAGGGACUAAAGAAUUAACACAAAAAAAAUCGUGACUUUUUUUUUUUACUCAAUAAGAACAGUUUUAUAUUCCAAUAAUAAUUGUCCAAGGUAAGCUACCUUGUAUGUCAUAUGCUACAAAUAUUAGAAUUUCAAAAAGACUAGACAUUGAAAACAGAAAGUAAGCUUUAGUAAUGCUUUCCCAAAUCAGUUGCUAAUGCAAUCUGUCUUAAAAAAAAUUAAUGGUAAAGAAACAGGAAAAGUAGAACGGAAAUGACAUUGCAAAAAUCCUUUCAUUUGGAAUAUCUAAUUUACCAGGAAAAAAGAAGAAAUUUAUGAUUCCCUUAAUAGCCUUCUUAUGUUUUGAGGUUUUAGGUAUGAAGAGAAAAGGGCAAGGGAAACUCUGAGAUUAUUCUUUUGUAAACCCUAGCACCGAGCUGUAACUAAAGCAUGGUGACUGGAGCUUUGUCCCAAGGUGUCAAAAUUAGAGGAUACUUAGAGUGUCAUUCUAUGGCAUGUUUCUCUACCUUUUUCCUUUCCUGACCUCACUGCCAAAGUUGCAGUUUUUUUGCCCUUCCUCCCAUUUCAGCAACUUGCAAAACUUCCUUCCCUCAGGUGAGCCUACCCUCUUCCCAACUUGUCCCAGGUACAGAAAUGAUUAGUUAUAGUUUAACCCAAGCAAAAACUAAUUAUUGGUCAAAUUAAGUAGAGCUUGUAAGACAAGUCAAGUUGUAAAGAUGUUCAUUGAGACCUUUCUUUGAAAUGUGUCCCAAUGAUCUGGAAUUUUCUGAUUUCUAAAUUUUAUUAUUGCACUGGAAAUAAAUUCAUAUUCUGAUUAUUUAAGAGCUUUAGCCAGGUACUUCUCUGUGCAUUAUAUAGUAGGUUUUCAUAGUGUUGUUGCUCUUUGAUGAAGAUGAUGAUAAUGAUGAAUGAUAUAGGUAAUAGUUUCUCUUGAUGUAUCAGACAGCAGUACAUUUUCUCCCCUAGACCUCUUAUUCAGACCAGUUUUCAUUAAGAUGUUUCCUGUUUUUCAGACCCACUACAUUCAGCCCCUUAACAAAAUCUUCUACAAGAGUUUUAUUUAUAGCUACCUUCUCUGUGCUCCUAAUGACACUUCUGCUUGGUGAACAGAUGAUGGAGCCUUUCCUAAGGUUUAGGGAAUAUAAUACUCAUUUUAAUGAUUAUCAUCAUCCAUAAAUAUUUAUUGACACUCUUGGCAUUUUGCUAGGCACAGUGCCUAUAUAGAAUACAUAGGGCCUUACCCUCUAAGAAGAUGAGACCAAUAAGUAUAGAUUGUUGUCUUUUUGUAUUUUAACUUUCCUUCCUUUUCUUAUUUUGUUUUGACUUUUCUUUUCAUUUUCUUCCUUCUUAUUUCUACAUUUUCUAACAAGGCUUGAAGAUGGAACAGGGGAGUCUGCUAAAUUAUGCUUAGUAGUAGAUGAACUCCUUAUUUUUAAUCCAUUCACAAAAAUGAAGAAAUCCCACCCCAAGUAUACUUAAGAAUUGCACAACAGAUGGUCCAACUGAGAAUUCCAUGGCUAACCAUCCAUUAAAAACAAUGGGCUUUGGAGUUAGGGAAUUCUGCCUCUGGCACUUCUAUGUGACUAAGCAUCUAGACUUUUGUUUCCUCAUCUCUAAAAAAGAGUUGGAUUAGAUGACCUUUGGAGUUCCUUAAAGUUCUAGAUCUGUGAUCCUACUAUGUGAUCCUAUAAUAAAUUAAAACAGCUUAAGGGGUCCAUAUAACUCGAACUGAGAGGAAAUCUUUCAUUUCCAUAGACUUAAAGAUGUAUGGCAGUUUAUAAAUUACCUAGUUUAGCCUCCUUGUUUUUAAUAUUUAAAAAACAGAGGUCUUAGGGAAGUUCAAACAUGUGCCAAAAAUCACACAAGUAAUAUUCUGGACCCCAAGACUGAGAAGGUUUUGGAAGGCUCUAGGGCAAAAGAUGCCUACCAGUGAGAGAACUUGAGUGAAAUGGAAGGUUGGUUUGCUCUGGAAAAAUGGUAAGAACUCAGCUGAUGCCUGCAGCUAGAUAAAAAGAGUCAUGAGACAUAGCUUAAUUCCAGGAAGGAAAGUAGGCAAAUGAGGAAGAAUGAGCCAGAGCAAUUCUUACAUCUGGAUUUUUAAUGGAAAGAGAUGGGAAUCCCUUCAUCUAUAUCCUGCUAUUAAUUUUAUACAUUGUGCUUCCACUAGCUUCAAUGGAAACGUUAAGGAGAUUAUUGUGCUUCACAGUAUGAACAAGAUUUGUGGAAUUUCAGGAAAUUUUAAAGGGAUUACAUAGGAUGUUUUAUUGGCAUCAUGCCCAAAUUCCUGAAUGGGAGCACGUCCUCUGAAUUCUACAUGACAAAAUGUAUGCACAUUCACACACACACACACACACUCCUUCAAUACACUCAAGGGCUCCUCUGAAAAUAGAUCAAGAAAUGCAGUUCCAGAUUUCCCAGGACAAUAAAAGAAAAAUAAAUUUUCUGAUUUUUUUGCCUUAGUCCAGAGGUCAAACACUGAUCUUUCAAUUGGGUAAUGUUUUUCCCAAGAAUUCUCCAAAGAAUUAAGUGAUGAGAUCCCAAAGUGUUCAUGACAGAAGGCCUAAUCUUUAGGAAUGUACAUCUUCACAGUUGGCUGUGUGGUGAGCAUUUUACCCUGUUCAAGAAUUAGGAAUCAUGUGGUAACCUAAAAUGACUAAUGGCUGAUGAUAGCUGAGAGAUAUAGUCUGCUUUAUUUGCAGAGAGGAAUAGUGUUUGCUUUUGGCUGUUCUGCUCUCAUUCUUGAAAUAUCUGUGAAAUUCCUAACAGAAUGAGAAAUAAAAGUCAAGCUAAUUUCUUUAUGAUGCCACCCUUCCAAAGUGCCACUUUUACCAUCUUGGAAGGUUCUAGCUGCAUUUAGUAAGUUCCUACUGUUUGUAGAACAUUGUGUAAGACAUUAGGACAAAUAGAGGGAGAAAUAACUAUCCUUGAAAUAGCAGAAUUUUUGGAAUAUAGUAAGCACUUAAUAAAUGUUGACUUACAUAAUCAAGGUCCCUAUACUUAAGACACUUAAGAGUCUAGUAAUGUUACUACUGAUAUUUAUGAAACAUAGGAAUCAUUGAACAUGAUUCUGCUAAGCCCAAGAUAAUGAUUUAAGGCAGACAUCCCCUAGAGAUGAUAAAACUCAGCAUCCUCUGCUCCUUAUACUUACCUAGUUAUUUAGAGAAAACUGAAAAUAUUCUUAAGAUUUUCAAAGUAUGAGAAAGUAAAAGUUUGCCAUUAUAAGGUCAGAGAAAACACAACAUAGAGAUUUAAAUCAAAGGACUCCUUCUCUCCUUUCUUAAGUGACUUUGAGUAACUCAUCUAACCUCUGUAUGUUUCUUAAUCUAUGAAAUGACAAGCUAGCUGAUUCACCCCAACCUUCUGUGGUCCCUAGAAAGCCUGAAAAAGAUAAGAGGUAUAACUGGAGUAGGAAAAGAGUAGACAGUACUGAGGAAGUAGGAAAAAUGAGGGUAAUGAGUAAGGUGAGGAGAUAGGAGAGAUGAAAUCUAGAGAGAUGUUUCAAGGUGAAGGCACUUGAAGGUCAUGUUUUGGCAGACAGUGGAUAAAAGUGGGCUACUAGAAUUAAUUUGAAGCAAGCAAAAAGCAAAACAAAACAAAAACCCUUGACUUUUUCUUUACCUGUGAAAUUUGAGAACAGGGGAAUUUGGUUCUGAUCUCACAAGGGGCUGGGUAAAUGCAAUUAGGGGACCUGACCCUAUUAUGUCAUUAACAGAUAUUUGGGACAAGCAACAACUGCUCAGAAAAUGAAGGAUUGUAAUAUCUUUGCCCUGUGUAAGGUUUCAAGGUGAUUUAAAUGGCAAUGCUUCAUCUCUGAAAUAAGGAGAAAGAUCUCAGAGGGCUUGUUACCAUGUGAAUACAGUCAUAAUUUUUAAUCAUAUGUUACCAGGAUGAUUGGAGAGUGGGUUUUUGAUCCAUGUUUGAGAAUAGAAAAAGCAAUUAGGACCUUCAAAAGUUUUGGAAAUUUUGCUUCUUUGUAUUCAAAAAUGCUGUUGCUACCAACUAGAUCCAUGUUAGACUUCCUAACUUCAACCAGAUUUCUCAACUUGGAACCAGUGAUGAUGUCUUAUUUUGUACUCUCCUACUACCCCACCUAAAUCACUGUAGCUCUACUGGAGACCCCAAGGGAAAAGCUUGGUCAACAGUGCAAAGAUUAAACUUGAUACACUUAGCUAAAAUUUGUGGAUUAUGAGUGAAUCAGUUACCUCCUUUCAGGAACUGCCCUUUCCUGAAAUUCAGGGACUCUUGAUGGAUAAUAUUUCUACCUACAUUUCCACUAUCUCUAAGAUAGUUUUCAGUGGACUCUUAUAAAGAAAUUAUUUCAAUUCAGUAAUAAAGUUUAAUAGUUACAAGCUUUAAUUACAGAAAAAUCACUAUGUGCCCCAAAUAACAUGCUAUCAGUGGUGUCAGGUAUAUUUUUAGUCACAUGUUGCCUGCCAUAAAAUUCCUCAUUGCAUAUUGAAUAGCUAUGAUCAGAAAAGAUGUUGGGGUUGAGGGAGAUUAUGGUAGUAAGAGAUGACUUGUUUCCCCCUAUUCCUUUAGAAAAAGAAUUUUUAACAGACUUCCUGUGGAUAGAUUUCAGAGGGUCUAUAAAUUGGAUAGGGAAAAAGAAUUAUAUAUUUUAAUAUAAUUGGUUUCCUUUGUAACUCUACAUAUUUUAUGUAUUUAAAUUUUUAUUUUGAAAAGAGGAUAUUCAGGGGAAAAAUUAAUGUCAUGGUGCUCCAUAUAGUCUUUAAGAUGCUCAUUGCUAAAAUGAAGCUCCUCCCUUUUCUUUAUUCUGCAUUAAGACUCUUUAGAAUGGGACCAGUAGCAGAGGUUUCUUCCUGUAAAUAAAAAAAAAAAAAUUCUUUAGGGCAGGGCUUCUUAAACUUUUUCCAUUCUGAUCCCUUUUUGCUAGAGAAAUUUCUAUGUGACCUUGGAUAUAUAAAAUAGUUAAAUGAAUUAAAGAUUUAUUGGUAAUAAAUCAUAAUUUCACAACUCCCUAUACUCAGUUAAAAGACCCCAUAUGGAAUCACAACACACAAUUUAAGAGGCUGGGCUUUAGGGCAACUGGGUUCUGUGUUUCUUUGGUCUAUAAGCAAAAGUGAAAGAAGUCACAUUUCCAAAAAAAGAAGCCAUCUACAGAAAUCCACAAAGGGGAUGACAUUUAACUAUGGUAAAGGAAUUCUAAGACUACUGAUCUUCUAGGAACCAACUGUCUCUCAAUAUGGCCUUUCUGGCUAAUAUGUCCUUCAUAUAUGGGCUGAUGUCAGAAGAUGUCUGGAUAGGCAGGCUGAUGUCUAAUCCUUGUCCUAAAUACUUAUAUUUUUGUCUCCCUGUUCUUCAAAAACAUCUCUUUAGUCCUAAGGCAUCCCCUCCCCCCCCAUCUCUGCCCAAUGCAAAGCAAUGAAUUUCAUGUUCCAGAUUAUGAGCAUUUUCUUAUUUCAAUUAACCCAUGGACUUUCCUCGAGGUUGUUUUUUCUCUAUUGUUAAAUUUCUCUGUAUCAUAUUGUCCUGUCUGUGAUUUUCAGCUUGUUUUCAAAUGCUCUGUUCUCUGUAAGAUAAUGUAUACUGUCAUGUAAGAGGAAGACAUUUAUUUUUGUAUUUCAGAGUUUUUGCCUUGCCUCAUAAAUUUUCCACCUUAGAUAUAUAAAUAGGAGGGAAGCAUUUGUUCUUGCUUUCUAUGUGUAUUUCAUCACCAAGUUCUCUGUCAAUAAAAGCUGCCCACACAGGUGUAAA